CAUCGGUCGCAUACCUUCCGUAUCUGAGGACGAGCCCAUUGGACCUUCCCUGGCCUGUGUACACACUUCACGGAGACACGGACGCACCUGCCAACUUAUUAUUACAGUAUAAGCCCAGUCCAUAUGCCGCCCUUCAGUCGCCCGACCCGCCUACCGCUAUCACUACUUAUUAUUCGCAACUCGACCUUCUCGUGUCGGCCUUUUAAUUCACACCCACCACUGUUUGCGACUUCUUCUCCUCCUUCUCCUCCUCAUCAUACUCCUGCUGCUGCUUCACCUUCACCUGCAUCGGCACUACGACCCUUCACCACCACCACAGCCAUGACUGCUGCUCAGAGUGGCCUCGCACCACAAGCGAAUAUCAAGCAACCUGCUUCGCACCCGCUUCACCCAGAGAGAAGGGUCAUCCCAGCUCCCUCCGACUAUGACACCACCAACCCCAAGGAGACGAGAAAGUACCUGAGGACCUAUGGUCUGACUCCACCUGCCGUCGAGACCUUCGAGAACCAAGCCAAGAGAUGUCUGGCUGUUCUUGCUUCGAGGAGAACGCCCAUUGAAAAGUACCAGUACCUCUCUGUUCUGCGGAAUACCAACGUGAACCUUUUCUACCGUCUGUUCGCAGACAACGUCAAGGAGCUCACCCCUCUCAUCUACACACCCACUGUGGGCGAGGCGUGUCAAAGAUGGUCAGAACUAUACACACAGCCCGAGGGUCUCUACCUCUCGUUCGAAGACAAGGGAAAUCUCCACUCGGUGAUCCGAAACUGGCCGCAUGAUGUGGAGAUCACUGUCGUCACGGACGGUUCGCGUAUCCUGGGUCUAGGAGAUCUCGGAAUCAAUGGCAUGGGUAUUCCAGUCGGAAAGCUCUCCCUCUACACUGCAUGUGCUGGUAUCCACCCCAUGAAGACCCUCCCACUGUGUCUCGACCUCGGCACCAGCAAUGAGCAAUUCCGAAACGACCCUCUUUACUUGGGUAGUCGACGCGACAAGGUGACCGCUGAGGAAGAGAAGGAGUUCCUUGACGAGAUGAUGGCUGCUCUUACCGAAAGAUGGCCUUCGAUUGUCAUCCAGUUCGAGGAUUUCAAAAACCCAUUCCCUUCGCUCGAGCGAUAUCAGGAUACAUACACUAUGUUCAACGACGACAUUCAAGGCACCGGUGCUGUCAUCACCGGAGGAUUCAUCAACGCCGUCAAGCAAUCCGGUGUGAAGCCAGCGGACCAACGCGCCGUCUUCUUUGGAGCUGGCAGUGCAGGUGUUGGUGUCGCCAAGCAACUCACCGAAUUCUUCAUCAAGGAGGGGCUUUCCGAAGAACAAGCCAAGAAGCGAUUCUGGCUCGUGGACUCACAAGGCAUGGUCACUCUCGACCGCCCUGGCAAGCCCCUGGCCGAGCACAAGGUGUACUUUGCACGUGACGACAACGACGGCCAACAAUUCGAAACCUUGGAAGAGACUCUCGAAUACGUGAAACCCACCAUUCUGAUGGGCCUUUCCACAAUCGGUGGAGCAUUCACGCCCCAGAUUCUGACGCGCAUGGCUGAGCUCAAUGACAAGCCUGUCAUCUUCCCACUUUCUAAUCCUUCUAGCAAGUCUGAGUGCACAUUCGAGGAUGCCGUCAAGUACACCAAGGGCCGAUGUCUAUUUGCCUCUGGAUCACCUUUCCCCACUCUCACAUACGAAGGGAAAGAGCUGACGCCCGGACAAGGCAACAACAUGUACGUCUUCCCCGGCAUCGGUCUCGGCGCGAUUCUAUCCAAGGCCGUGAACGUGACGCAAAACAUGAUUUACGCUUCGGCCGAAUCUCUCUCGACGUCACUCACGAAAGAAGAGGUGUCUGAUAAUUGGCUCUAUCCUGACAUCCGUCGCAUUCGUGAGGUCUCUGUCACUGUGACUCGGGGAGUCAUUCGUGCUGCUCAAAAGGAUGGAAUGGACCGGGAACUCUCGCUGAGGAACUUGUCGGAUGAGGACUUGGACUCCUACAUCCGGGCUCGGAUGUACGAUCCUUUCACGGAGCACGAGAAGGUUGUGGAGGAGAUCAAGGAAUUGAUCCCUGGCGAUCGAGCGAGAUUAUAGGUGGCCGAUUUCUAGGUGGUUCAGGCCUUUUGCCAGGAAUUUCAAAGUGUUUUCCCUUUGCAUGCGACACCAUUUUCCAGUGGGUCAUUUUUCUCUCUCAACUAAUGUUGUUCUUCUCUGGCGAUGAUGAUAUGAAGGGCUUGGUGUAUCAAAAGGCCGUAUAAUAUGGGCAUGCUAUUGGGGUUGUGAAGACCACCUGCCAUGGGCUAGUCUCGAAGCCAUAGUAUCACAUGUACAAUACAUGUACUAUCUAUCAGUGGCAAUAAUGACGGCAAGUUCCACUA